ACGUGAUACUUCUGGAUUGCGCUCAUCAGCGUCAUUCGAAAGUCACCAGUCCAGUCCUCGACCGAAUGUUCCGGGGAUCCAGGUGGCCGCUGCUUUUCGUCUGAUUACCGCGCUAACAAGGUAUCAUUAUGCAUAUUGACAGAACCGAUUAAUGGAGAGGAGCAACGGGCAGCAAGUCCAAUUCAACCGAAUGCAUUGCUUGAGCCUCCGCAGCCCACGGCUCUAGCACCGGCGAAAACGGCUCAAAAACGGUCAUCCGAAAGUGACAUUGGGGGACCAGCAAAGAAGAAAGCUGGUGGCCCAACAGGCCAGCCAGCCAAGUCUACAUCCCCAGUGGCUGCAAAAUCAUUCACUGCCUCUUCCAAACCGCACGCUCAGGACCAGGGUCAGGAAAAGCAAAAGAGUGCAUCAAGCCUGGAUCCUGUGCGCAUGCAUGCUAUGAAUCAGUUUAAUGCUGUGCUAGAACAGAUCUUGCGAGAAACAAAGGUCGAUAUCGCGUCCCCGUCCGCAAUAUCUGUCGAUACGGCUAUGCUUCUCAUGCCCGUUGAGCAGAGAGCUUCCGAAUACAGUGCUGGGCUUGAGGCAGCGAUGUGGGCAGCAUACGCGGAGCCACAUCCAAAGACGAAAGCCCCGUCAGCAGGCAAAGCGUACCGUGACCGCCUCCGUACAGUGCUUUUUAACCUCAAAGACAAGAAUAACCAUUCGCUACAUGUACGCAUUGCAUCGAAUCAGCUGCCGAGUGAGAAGUUGGCGACUCUGCCGUCUGACGAGCUGGCGAAUGACACCAUCCGCCUUGCCGUCGAGAAGGCAAAGCGGGAGGCGCUUGAGCAAUCCAUUCUCAAGAAAGAGACAGGGCCCAUGCGCAAGAUUACUCACAAGGGCGAGGAAGACAUCGAGUUCGAAGCUGGUAAUCAGAUGCGCCAUGAAGACAGCAACAAAAAACGCCACGACGAAGAGCAUAACCCUGGCUCCCACGGCCCGAUAGGCCAAGGUCGCAAGAUCACCACCAUGGACCAAGGUGUGCUGUCUCCGUCUAUGCAAAGCCCUUCGACGCCAUUCACUCCAACCUUCGCUGGCAGCGGCUCGCCACCACCCGAUCGAGCCGACUCUGGAACGCCAGAACGCAGUCUCGGGACGUCAUCACAACCACAGUCAGCUCCAGCAGCUCUACCGGCGCCGCGCAGGUCAACAUCCAGCAUCAUGUCUCCGACGUCCGCCCAAACCGAGUUCAAUAUGGACAGCAUCUUUGCAAGCAGAGGAAGUCACGUCGAGGGAGAGGAACUGGGAGAUGACGACAUGGCAGUUAUCGUCGACGGAGGCGCCAUGGAGGAUGUGCAUGAGGAGCACGGAGAUCCCUUCGACGAAGCAAACGCCGUCAACGCCGACGACAUCAUGGAUGCCCUUGACGCGUCUCAAUCCGAUCCCCUGAACGACUCUCAUCCCGAGCGUACUUUGACUGCCGCAAGCGACGCCAAAGCAGAGCAAGAGAAACCCAAGCCGAAGCUGCAUUUGCCAUCUGGGCCGAUCUGGCACGGCGCGUUUACCAUGCCUGAAGAGGCCACAUUCAGUGGCACUGCGCGACAGAUUGCAGGGCGUCCGCUCGGCGCGGAGCAAGACGUCUGGGAUCGAUUCUUCACAGCUCCGCACAUCGAGCUUGAAGGCCGUCUCCCCACCCACGUCGCGUGCAAAUACCUCGUUGAGUGCUUCCACGCUGCACGGACGGAGGUCAUCGUGCUUGUAUUCGACAUGAGCUUUGAGCUCAGUGCGCUGGCCAACGCCGACGAAAAGGCGCCGCUCACUGAGUCGGCCAAUAAAACCAGCUACGAGAAGUUCGCAGCAUCUAUGCGCAGCCGCCAACGAUACGCCGUAAUCCCAGCUGCGUCGUCUGCGCGGGGCAAGGUCAUCAAAGACUUUUACCUUGCGCCAUUGCUUAAAGACGACGCAGUUCCCGAUUGGCUGGAUUUGCUGCGGCCUCCGCGAUUCGUGCGACAAGGCCGCGAGAACGACCUGUUCUUGCUAGUCGCAGUGUUGAACAAGGGCGCGCUCGAGGCAGAUUUGGCGGCGCGCAGACGGCCACCAGUUUCUGCACCGCUACCUGCACCCGGAUUGACAUCCGCGCUGCCGGGUGGAGGAGCUGCAUUGCAGGAUCUGCUCAAGGCCGUCGGCAAGGGUGCGAUUGCAGAUUCCACUAUCCCGCGACAAGCACCACCAAGUACUGAAGGUAGCGAUGGUACUGCUACAGUUGCAGGCCGAAUACAAGACCUGCACAUGGUCAAUGCUCCGGCGCCGACACUAGGGAACCAAUUGGCGCCACCAACAGCGGCAGCACUGCAGCAAAUGGGCACUCCGCAGCUCGAGUCUUUCUUGCACGCAAACCCGAUUGUCGUGGACCAGCUACUCAACACGCUCAAAGCGUCCGGUACUCUUCUACAGCCUCCACCCACCGUAUCUGCUGCUGCUACCGCCGCUGCUGCUGGCGAAGGUACAACGGGUUCGCCGGCACCGGCUGUGCCUGCCAUGCUCCACCCUGGUGGUCCACAACACGGCAUGCCACCUGCGCAGCAUUGGCAUGGCGCACCGCCGGCUACUACUGGUCCUCCAGGAAUGCAUCCGCAAGCAUGGGGCCCCGUUCUUCCAACCGCAAGCGGACCCGGACACGCACUUGGGGUGAGGGGCCCGGUAGGAUGGCACACUCCGCCAAUGCAACAGCACCCGCAUCUGAGUGGCGGCCCGCCUGGCGGUACCUUCCCAGGCGCAGUGCCACAGCAGUGGAAUACCCGACCAGGACAAGGGGCGUGGCAAGCGUACGCCGGCCCCCCUGGGCCGCAGCACGGCCGCCCAUUGCGCGGCGGUGGCGCUGGCCGUGGCGGCGUCAGUGGUGGCGGUCGCUUGCAUCCGCAACCGAACCAGCACCAGCAACUUUGUGGCGGCGGCAGCAAGAAAGGUGGAAAGGGCCGCGGCGGUGGAGCCGGCGGAUGGGCUGGCAAGCAGCAAUUCGACCCGCCUGCUUCCAAGGAUGCGGGCUGGGGCGGGAGACUUGGAGGUGGACAGUGAAGGAAAAUGGGAGAGCAUAUCAUUACGAUGCCUCCAUUGGCGUUUGGUCCAGCGUCACGCAUAUUGAUCUCUCGUCAGCAUCUUCCUUGGACCUGGAGCAAAAUGACAGCCUUCGUAUUGCAUUGCAUGUCCACUGUAUUUUAUUUUCGAUUGCAG